AUUUAUCUGCUGUCCACUUUGAAUCUUUAGUUCUUGGUGUUCAUCAUUUCUGCUCUUUUGUCUCUGUGAUCUUCAGGCUUUCCAUCGACAUGUCCUUGCUCCUGUUUCAGUGGGUAAGAAGAGGCAGAGUGGUCUGUCCACUGGCUGUUGAAGAGCUUUCUCUUGUGCCUAAGAAAGCCCGACCAUCACAGAGAGUAAUGUUGAGGGCUGUCAGUAGUUUGGCUUCCCUGCUGAGAUACUGGACAGUCGGACGGUUAGACCUGACUGAGACCUGCAUCCCUGCUCAGGGUCUCAUUACACUGUUGCUCCAUGAUGGUCCUCUAACAGUCAAACUGAGUGAAGAGAGCUUCCAGCAGCUUUUGUGUCUCCUCCAUGAAAUCCAGGACAAGGACUUGACGUUGUCCUUCUUCAGUAAGGUUGGUGGAGACCUGACCUCCUGCUGUCUGAACUGGGAGCUUCUUCACUAUCUGCUGCAGCAGUCGUCAGCUCAGACCAUCACUGUGGACCUGAGGAAGAACCUCUUCUUACAGGAGGAAACCACACGUCUGCUUCCCUUUCUGGACAGGAUUGUGUUUAAAAGGCCCAGUCCCAGCUUUGUGCUGAGCUCCAUCAGAGAGCUCUACAGAGCUCAUGACAGUCACGCUGUACCCAGUUUACUGAGGUCACUUGGUCAUGUGAUCAACCUGAGCAGCAGAGAGCUGGACUCAGUGGACUGUGCUGCUCUGAUCUUCAUCCUCAAACAUGGAGACGGAGUCAAACUGAACCUCCUGUGGACCUCCAUACCAGCAGAGGGAGUAGAGUCCAUCCUCUUCAUGCUGGACAAAGUUUCUCAUCUCAGUGUUGACAGGAAUCAGCUGCUGAGGUUCAUCCACUGCUGUGCUGCCUGUGACGUUCAGCAGGAGGCAGCGUCAGGCCUGCUGAGGACUCUGCAGCACAGCUUGGAUCUGUCCUGCUCCUCCUGUGUGGAGCUACCAGAGGAGGAUCAGCCUGAGCCUCUGAGUCUGACCGCUGAUGACUGCAGGGCCGUCUCCACCAUCCUGACACACAGCAGCCGAGACACACAGCUCGACCUGCGAGACUGUGAGGUGGAGGACAGCGUGCUGGACCUGCUGUUUCCUGUCCUCCACAGGGUCCGCCUCAGAGUCAGUAAAACUGUCCUCCUCCAGCUGCUGUCUCUGGUUCCUGAGAACAGUGAGAGGGACACAGUGAGGCGGGCGGUGUCCCUGUGUGGAGCCCUGGGUGGAGAGCUGGAUCUCAGUCACAGCACGCUGGAUCAGAGGGCCUGUGGGGCUUUGGUCCAGAUGCUGGACUCGUGUGAAGGGCUGACAGAGCUGGACCUCAGUCACUGUCAGCUCACUGACCAGCUGCUGCUCCCUCUCAUCACACAUCUGCACAAAGUCCAAGUGCUGGAUCUGAGUCACAAUCAGAUCACUGAUGCUUCGACUGAUGCGUUGCUCCAGCUGCUCUCCAUCAACCCCUCCAUCGACUGUGUGCGACUUUACAGCAACAACAUCGUCGACAGAGCAGCUUUCAAGGAACACAAGCAGUUUGAGAUCUGGUGA